UCCGACCUCGUGGGCGGGGUCACUUUCCCGCCAGCACCGGGAGGUCGGUGAGCGGAGCACGCAACCUCGAGCGGGAGGGGAGGAGAAGCGAAGCCGGGGCUGCAAGGGGCUCCGUUGCACCUGCCCCCGCCUCCCGCCGCGGACAGACAUCGAUCCCGGGCGGGGGAUCCGCAGUUGGAAGGCUUGGGGAGGGAAUCCUUUUCACGUGCACUGAAGCCCGUGAAACUCCCCGGGUGGGUUUGCACUUUGCACGUGGGAAGCGGGGCUGUUUCAGGGCCCGGCGCUGGUUCUGUGUCCUGGCCGUGCAGGAGGCAGCACCGCCUGGACAACCAGGAGGACCCGUCGCCGCUGGAAGGGCCGGGCUCCGGGAGGCGGCGGAGCUCCUUUGCCCCAUCGGCUCCGGCUUCAUGGCCAGGCACAGCCGGCUGCAACGCGAGGUGCUCGGCCUCUACCGGCAGUUCCUCCGCGCCUGCCGAGGCAAGCCGGGCUUCCUGCCGCGGGUGCAGGCCGAGUUCCGCCGGGCUGCCCGCAUCCCCCGCACCGACGUGCUGCUCAUCGAGUACCUGCUGCGCCGCGGGCAGAGGCAGCUGGCGCAGCUCCGGGAAGGCCACGCCACGAGCAUGGGCUUCUUCGCCCCGGGGAGGCCAAAGCAGCAGCAGCAGGAGAAGAAUAAAGAGGACGCGCAAUCCUGAGCGGAGGAUCGCUCUUCGUUGCUGCGCAGCGAUGCCCGCUGGAUGCAGUUUGAGUCCCCGCUGAAGCUUUUCGGGAAGAGAUAGCGCAGUUCCUCGUUGCGCCCAUCGCUCUUGGCAUUCUGGCCCUGGUUGUUGUACUAAGGGUCCCUCCUGCAGGAAUCCCUUCCAGACCGGGUGAGAAAAAGUCGUGGAAACGGACAUGGGUUGGUUUGGGGUCAACCUUCCCCCACCUGGAACUUUGGAGACAGCAGAAAAGAAGUUUUGAGCAUAAAAAGACUUUUUGCCCCCCCCCCUUAAAACACUCCAGGAGAAAUACCAGUGUUCCACAAUGCUGACUAAUGACUGUUAUCUGGAUUUUGUUUUUGUUUGGUUUGACACUGUAUUUAUGAAUUGCCUUCUAUUGUUAUUUUUUUCAAUCUGUGAAAGGAAUGGAGGCUUCUGAACAAAAACCAAAACUCCCGUUGCUAAUGUGUGUGCAGUACUUACUCUGGUUGUGUUUUGGAUUGCAGUCUGUUAUAAAGGAACAUUCUAAAACUAUGGUGGACGAUUCCAGCAUUUUCAACAACGAAUUGUGAUAUAAUAAAACAACCGGUUCCACUCGAGGGCUUUAGGAAUCUUAAAAGAAUUAAGGAGUCCACAUGUCCAUCUAGGAAGCAGAAUAAAUUAAUUGAAAGAAGUUCUUGGGAUUGAUUAAAUUAAUUGAAAGUU